AUGAAAAGAGAAAUACAGGCAGUGGUUCCACAAUCACAAGAAACACAAGGCCAAUGCCAAAGCACCAAUGAAGCUGCAAAAGAAAUGGACAGCACACCGAGUAAAUUGAAGACCAGUGCAAGGCCAACAUUCUUCAGCAAAUACAUGAAGAAAUUGAGGAGGAGACUAGGCAGAAAGAAGUCUUCAGGAGGGCUGGGUGACAAUGAGUUGGAGGAAGCCUGGGCAACGGCUGACGAGCAGACAAAUCAAGCACCUCACAAAGGAGAUGUUUACUCAGGCCGAUAUGAACUCUUUGUAUUAGGUUCCUGGAAGGAUGGAGAGGGUGGCCUACUUACAUCUGGACAAGUUGAUACAGUCGGUCAAUUUGACUUCAAUGAACAUCUUGGGAUAAGCUCCAGCUUCAUGAAAUGCAAGGACUGGCAGGUCAUCUUACCGGCAUGGGAAGAUUUCAUAGGUGAUGCAUUCAACCAGGACGGCACACUGCUCAGAGGCACUCGCUGGGUUCUCAAGCCUUACCAUGAGUUCAACCUGGACUGCAUGGGUUUGCUGAUGUUGCCCAAUAUUGAGGGUGUCUUGCUCAGCACCAAGAAGGGAAUGAUUCAGUCAUUUGUCACCAUUUAUUACCAUAAGCCUGUUGAUAGAAAACCUACAGCAUCAUCUGAUGCCCACCACCACAGAAAUAUGCUGUGGAAAACUGAAGGUCCCAGUGCCUUGGAGCAACAUAAUGAAGGAACAGUAGGGCUCAUAUUGAAGUUCAAGGCCUGGAUCAACGACAAGAGCAAGAUGCAUGCUCCUGUCAGCAAAGAGUCUGAUGACUCUAACAGUGAUGCUGAUGAUGAGGGCAUGUGGCUCAUGCCAACCAAAACAUCAUCGGCUGCCGCUGCACCAUCACCAGCCGGAGUCCCAAAGGGCGGCCUAGAUGUGCCUCUGCCAAAGGGAAAGGUGCAAAUGCAACACAAGGUGACCCAGUGGGAUGCCAGUCAGAGUCAGAUGACCGACUGGCUCCCAAGAGCUUUGGCUUUGGCAAGAGAGUCAGAACUCAGCCUACCAUCAUCUCACCCUGAACAGACUUGGCAUAUGAUUGAAGACCGACCAAUUAUGGAUUUGGUCAGAAAGGUCUCUCAUGAUAGAAGGGCCUAUGUAGCAGGAAACACCUGCAUGCCUGCUGCACAGGUGACUGAGGGAUCAGAAGAUGAAAGUUAUGGCCACAUUGCCAUGAAGGCCAGUGCCAGACCAGGUGCUGAGAAAGACCAGGGCUGCCUGAGAUGUAUUACUGGUGGUAAAUCACCGGUCGCUGAAGAAGACAAUGGCUCCCAGAGAGGUAUUACCAGCAAUGAAUGA